AUUUCGAGAAGAGAUGAAGAAGACAUCCAGAUCAACGAGGAAGUCAUCGGCGAUGGAUUUUCUGUCAACUCCGCCGGCUACCGCGGCCGCAAGUCCUGUCCAAUCGAUGAGUGAAUCUCCGAAGCCAUUCGAGUUCAAUUUCAAAAAAUUCAAAGCUGGUACAGUUUCGCCAACAUCAGCAAAGAGGAGGAGUGGAAAGAAGAGCUUCAUUUCAAGUCCGGUGCAGUUGAAGCCUGCUGGUUCACCUGCGUCGGUUAAAAAUUUGAAAACGAUUGCGGAUCUGAAGGAUUUUGCGUCGUCUCAAUUGGACUCUGUUAAGGGCCAGAUUGAGCGAUCGCAUGUGGAGAUUCUCAAGGACCUCGAGGCUUCUCAGUCUCGCCUUCAGAAACGACUCAAGAUUCAGACACAAGGAUGCCAGCAAGUGGCAGAUGAAGCUGAAAGGGAGUACAAAAAGAUGUCUGAGCGAAUCACUGAAGGCAGGGAGGCAAUGAAGGGUUCAUAUUCGAUGUUCAUGGCAGAACUUCAAGCUAGUGGUGCUCGCUUGUGCAAACAAGCCAUUCCUGAGCUGUCACAAUCCGUCGAGAAAGCAAUAGAUACUCUCAAGAACCGUUAUGGGAUCCAUUAAUCAACUUCAGCUCGUUGAAGGCUUUGGCGUUUGAGGCAUAAUUUUCGAUUGAAUAGAUUGGAAAUAGGAAGACUAAAUCUGAAGGGUGAUCUGAGGCAGUUUGCAGCUUAUAAUUUCAGUUUCUUGAGGAAUAAAUGCAACCCGACAUGCAAAUUUGGGUGCUUACUCUUGUAAAUUUUCAUAUUUUCUUGAUGCAUUGGAGAAUUCUAAGAAGGUAAUCUGUUCAUCCACACUUAUAUUAGCUUUCUGGUGAUUUUCUAUUAGAACAUCACUUUCGUGCAUAUAUAGGCAAUAUAGUAGAAAAGAAAAGAAACCUGGAAGAGUUCAUUUUCCU